CCCGGUUUCAUCAUCCGAAGUCGAGCCCCAUUUAUUCGCCAAUCAUCGACAAGUAAAUUCCCACUCGGUGUGAAUUCCGCAGCGAACGUUCGAACGUUGGCUGCUAGCGGUGCUUAUUAUUCGGACAGACGGUAGACUUCUAGACUUCGCGCUUCGCAGUCAUCCCAAGUCGCAGUAAUCACGCGCGUUAGUAGCCGUGCACUCGAAUAUUAGCGCGACUGUCUUGUCGACUACCGAUCAACAAGCAGCGAGACAAUCGAACAUCGGCAGUGCUCUUCAGGUGCAUCAGGUGAACGUCGGUGGAGCGAUGCCAGUGGACCAAGUGGUGCCCGUCGUACCUGUAAUUAUAUCGUAAAGCGAUACGCUCACCACGCUCUCACCACCAGUUGUUACCCACGUCCAUUUCGCGGCUCAUACGGAUCAUAUUCUCUCUCGCACACGACACCACCGCCACUCGGGGGGGACACCUUUGGGAGAGCUCGCGCUCGCCAUGGGACCGCGACACUGACAUAAAGCCAAUUUGUAUUUUUCUCUGUUAGUAUGUAGUGGAAUUGGUCGAAGAGCAUCAUCGCAUCAGCAGCAGCAGCAACAACAUGAAGAACUCGACAAAAAAAUCGCCCAACCAGCUCAAUCAAGGGCUUGGACUGCUCAGUCAUGUCAGGUACGAGCAUCUCCUCGCUGGCAUUUCGGGCGGUGCCAUCUCAACACUAAUUCUCCACCCUUUGGAUCUGAUGAAGAUUCGAUUUGCCGUCAGUGAUGGCAGAUCGGCCGUGCCGCAGUACAGCAGCCUAACGGGUGCGUUUUACACGAUCGUCAAGAAGGAGGGUGUGCGUGGCCUCUACCGAGGCGUAGCGCCGAACGUUUGGGGCUCCGGCAGCGGGUGGGGCUGUUACUUUCUAUUCUACAACGCGAUCAAGAAUUGGAUCCAGGCGGACGAUGCCGACCAGCCGCUGGGGGCCAAGCUGCACAUGCUCACCGCCGCCGAAGCGGGCGUACUCACAUUGCUCGUCACCAAUCCCAUCUGGGUGGUUAAGACGCGUCUAUGUCUUCAAUACGAAUCAGAUCUCAAGGUAACCGGCACGAAACACACCUACUACAAGGGCAUGGUGGACGCUUUGGUGAAGAUAUACCAGGAGGAAGGAGUGAGGGGAUAUUACAGGGGAUUCAUCCCUGGUAUGUUUGGAGUGACACACGGAGCUCUACAAUUCAUGACGUAUGAAGAAAUGAAAGCGUUUUAUAAUCAGUAUCGCUCCCUGCCGUUUGACAACAAAUUGACGACAAUGGAGUAUUUAACCUUCGCUGCAAUGUCGAAACUAGUGGCGGCAGCAUCCACCUACCCCUAUCAAGUAAUACGUGCACGCCUGCAGGAUCAGCACCAUUCGUACGACGGCACGUGGGACUGCGUGCGGCGCACGUGGCGCUAUGAAGGCACGCGCGGUUUCUACAAGGGCCUGGCGCCCUACCUGCUGCACGUCACACCUAACAUAUGUCUAGUCAUGCUCGUUUAUGAGAAAUUCACCAACAACAACUAACCCCGCGUAUGCACACCCCAUCAAUUUUAAAUUAAAUUUAUUUAUAGGGAAUUGCAAUGCGUCAGCACGAGAGAACUUAAACUUUUGUACUUAGCGGUUCUCAUUCUGCAGGCGUGUUGGAGACGAUAGAGAAAUAUGUAUUUUUUAUUGUUUAACUAUGGAAUAUAUAUUUUUGUUAAGAAGAUAUAUAUUUGAACUAACUGGAAACGCGCACAAGACGUGGCAGGUAGACGUAGAUGGCGUAUAUUUUCAUUCCAAAGAAAUGCUUCGUGUGUGUUAAAUGUGAGCGAACACUUCAUAUACUGAUACUUUGUUUAUCAUGUAAGUCAUAUCAGGCGACAAUGAUGAACAUUUUUGUGGGCUGCGAAUGGGUGUGAGACGGCGCCGGCCAAUGGAAGGUCCGGCUGAUAACACGCUAGACUAAUCUCAGCAAUAAAAACGCGAAUGAAAAGAUUACGAUUGUCGAAUAUGAUUAAUGACCAUAGCAACAUUGCCCUAAAUGUUUACUUAACAUUUGCGAACUGUGUUUCAUCAUCGCAAUAAUUCUGUUGUUGAAUGUUUCGUUGUUGUAUAUGCAAAAGAUAAGCAAGAUGAUUGCAAUAAUAAUGAUUGCGAAUUUUUACUGGUUGCAACCCGAACCGUAAAAUGGAAUAAAUUAUAUGAAUAUAUAUUACAACCAUUCUGGUA